GUCUGUUUAGUUUAGUUCUGUUGUGUUGCUCUUGUUCGCUGUCUUCUCUCCUGUCCUCUCUAGUUCUUCCGUUUCCGAUGUCUUCGGGGUGGUGCGAGUGCGCGGGUGCGCGUCUUUAGGAUGGUGCGUCCGGUCAGGGUCACGCGAUAGCGCCAUGCCGCGCUGUCUCAUGGCGAAGAAGUGGAAGGCGUACCCGUGGCCGGAGCGGCCGGAGCCGCCCGACCACCAGGACGAGGACGAGGAGAUCGACGUCGUCGGAGACGCGCCGUCCUGCUGGGGACCGUCGAGUCCGACGGCGGGCGCCACGGCGCCGAGUCCGCCGCCGACGUCGCCGAACGGAACCACGCUCGUCUAUAACGGUUACCUUCACGAAUUCUCUCCUUCAACCUACACAACAACUACCUUCAUUCCACGCAACGACCAACCCUUAAGCGGCCAAACGCAGCCAUCCUACGCCACUCUGCGGACCGUGGUGGAAACGCAAGACCUCCGGCCCGAAUACAGCACUCCCGCGCCCGCCACUCCCGCACCUCGUUCCAGAAAGUCUCUGUCCAUGACUUUCACCAGCACGGGAGCGGCGCUGUCCCUGCCUCCCAAAAAGAAGGACAUUUACCGGCCCUACUCCCUCGACGACAAACCCGCCCCGCCGCCGCUCCCCCCGCCCGCCAUCCGAGUACCCGCCGAGGAGGACCUGCACGCGGCGCACGCCAUCCUCGACCUCAGCGCGUCGACGACGGUCUUCCUGCCGCCGCCGCCGCCGCCCCCCGAGGACCGGCGCGAGCCGGACGACCUGCAGGCGCCGCCCAAGACGGGCAAGACCAUCGCCUACACGUACGAGGCCUUCUUCGUGAGCGACGGCCGGUCCAAGAAGCGCUUCAGCCCGGACGAGCCGGGCCUGCCGGGCAAGACCCUGACCGGCGAGAAGCCCAAGUACACGUGCAGCGAGUGCGGAAAGCAGUACGCCACCUCCAGCAAUCUGUCGCGCCACAAGCAGACGCACCGCAGCCUGGACUCCCAGUCGGCGAAGAAGUGCAUGACGUGCGGGAAGGCCUACGUGAGCAUGCCGGCUCUGGCCAUGCACGUGCUCACGCACAAGCUGGCGCACCGGUGCGGGGUGUGCGGCAAGCAGUUCUCGAGGCCCUGGCUGCUGCAAGGCCAUCUGAGGUCGCACACGGGCGAGAAGCCCUACGGCUGCGCGCACUGCGGGAAGGCCUUCGCGGACAGGUCCAACCUGCGCGCGCACAUGCAGACGCACUCGGCUGAUAAGAACUUCGAGUGUCCGCGGUGCCAUAAGACGUUCGCGUUGAAGUCCUACCUGAACAAGCACCUGGAAUCGGCGUGUUUGAAGGAGGAGGCGCCGCCGCCGACGCAGAGCUGCGCCGAAGAGGUGGCCAGGGAGGUGCCGGUGCCCAUUAGGGUCUACGCGGCCUGAGGGUUGGCCUUUGUCUAGUCAGCUUCUAGUCAUUCCGUCUUUCCUGGUAAAGUGCUUUCGGGGACGCGCGAGCAAUGCUGAUACAGGUCAAUCAUAUACCACUUACAAAAAAAAAAAAAACUGAAUGAUAUUCAACAAAAUAUUUUUGGCUGAUGGGUAAAUAACAAUACGAAUUGUAAAUUUGCUCACUAAAAUUAAAAAAAACCAUUUGACAGUAACUUUAAUAAUGUUAAACAAUUACGUUUUUUUUGAAUAACAAACUGCAAGACAGUCUUCAAUACACUGACAAGAGAAACUUUUACCAGAAAGUUAACUACGAUUAACUGAAAAUAAUUAAUUUAAACUCAAUAUGGCCAACACAAUACUCCCAAAUCGAAAGUGAAUCCUUUAUUAAUUAGUUAUCACCCGAAAGGUCUCGAGAGCCUCCAAUAUAACAUUAGUAUAAGAAUGUUAUAUAAUACUGUUACAUUGCAGCAUUAUAUGAUUGUUAUAUUGUCGUUAUAUUUUUUACAUUACAUUAUGGUCGUGUUAUAUAACUGUUAUAGUUUUGUAUUGUGUUGUGUAAGUCAAUUUUUAGUAGUUUCGAAAUAAACUAAACAAUAUUCAAACAAUACAAAAAUUUACUUACACUACUUUAAUUACAACGACAACCGUGUGUUAAAAAAAUCUGUUUUCUCGUCAGUGCUGCAUGUUUUCAGUUCCCUUUAACCGGAAGUGUGUUUCAUAUUCAGAAAUUAAAAACCGCUUAGUAAAAGCAAAUUCAGCGACGGCUCCACUUUACAAUCAAUAUUGUUAAUUACUCACCAACACAGAAGUUAUUUUGCUCCAGGAACAACCCAAACGCUUAAUUUAACUUACCAAGUUCAAUCAAAUAUCGAAACUAUCUGACCAAACCCAGCCAUUGCAGAGCUCUGAACUUCGGCGUCGAGCUUUCCGCCUUCUGGAAUGCCAUUCUGCACGGCGUCGUUGCUCGCCCGUCCCCUGGUACUUUUUAUACAUAGUGUAGUUUGUAAGUGCGGCACGUCGCGGCGCUGUUCCAGCACGCCGCGCCGCCUAGAUUAGCCGUGAUUUAUUCUUCGCGAACUGAUGCCCCUUGUAAAUAUCCCUCCCAAAGAGAUAACACAUCGCAACACGUCCAAUAAGUUAGGGUUAGAUGUAAGAUGGUCUCUACCUUUAGAACACCACGGGUCGCGGACGCGAGCGACUCUCGCGCCCUCUGUCGAGAACCGUCGAGGUCUCGCUCGCGCCACCGAUCCAGAACAAGAUGUUAUCGGCACCCUGUAUAGGCGUCAUUUAGUUAAUUAAAUCGCGACAUUCCAACGUUCGUUACGAACAAAAGCAAAGUUUCACAAACAACGAAGUUAUGCAAAUACUAGUAUUAUACAUAUUUAGAUUAAGAGUGGAAUUAAGUGAGAUUUAAAUAUUUAUAAUGAGCGGCCGGAGCCGCAUCUAGUCGCAGCCUCUAGUCCCGGUCCCGUUUAAUCCAGUUCUAGUCCCAUUUAUAGUCAAUUAUAUUUUCGUUUCGGUAUUUGUUGUGGAGAUCUAUAUUAUAUACCUGCGCGGAGUCUAAAGCACGUCUUAGACAACGACUUAAAUUCCAAUUAUUGUACUAUAGCGAACAAGAGUAAAAAUAUAAAAGAGAAAAAAAAAAUGAGAUCAACGAAGCAUAGUUUUGGCAGUAUUUUUGCAAGCAUAUACUUAUUAUACAUGAUAAUUAUAUAUUUAUUAAGGUAUUGACGACGUCGGUACCGUCGUUUAGGUAAGCGAAUAUGGAGUAGCACCUAUAUCUGUUGUCCCUGAUUGUUACGAGUGGGCCAGUGCAAUGAGGCCAAGCUAGGUCAAGGGCUAUUCGAAGGGACAAACGACUAAUUAACAUUUGUGCAAUUACUUGAUGGAUAAUAGUAUCAAAUAUGGCUAUAUUUUGGUCAAAACUUAAAGUACAUUCAAAACAAAAUCUGAAAAUAAAUAUUUUUCACACACUACUUUUGUAUGCGAAUAAAGCUCGCGAGUAAAAAUCCUCGUCAAUCGUGGACACGUGCUGCUUUGAAAUUCACGCAGAUUUCAGGGUUGUAUUCAGGAAAAUUUUGCUUUAGAAAGAGUAAUUAAAAAUAAAUCGGCUAAAUGCUUCGAUAAAAUACGGUAUAGUGGUUAAUGAAAACCAUAUACUUACAAACACAAUAACAAGGUACUUUUCUGUCAGUGCAUAAGGUGGUUAUAGGCACCUUGGUUAACUUCAGUACAGAAUCCAGCGAUACGGCCUUGUUCAGUGUUUGGCCAAGAAGGUGUCUAAUUUAUGGUUUCAGAAAUUAUAAGCUUAAGCUUGAAUUUUAGGUUGCAAAAUUUUAUUAAAAUACAAAAAUAGUGUGCAAUUUCGAACUCAUACUACAUCUAGAACCUUUGCUGAUAAUGACUUUCAAUUCACAUAUUUGUAGCAACAGCAGUGUACUAAACUAAUUAUUCUCCAACUAUGAUAUUCUAGAAUAAUACCAGCUAGAUAUUAAAUUUCACUAUCUAAUUCUAAUCCUAUUUCUUCUUCGCUAUACUUUUAAAAACUUUACACACGUUCUUACGCAGAGUGUGCUAUUCAUUUCUUCAACUACAUUCUAGAGCUAUUGGACACAAAUUCUAACGACUAUCGUGCAAAUCACCUCUUAAAUUUCUUAUUCCUUCUACAAUCUAUCUUUCAUCUAAUCUAAUACGCACUUUUUCGACACAUCUUUUUUAACCGGAGUCUCAGUCCAGACUCUUUACUUUUAUUCUUGUUCUAUAAAUAUUUCCAUAUCUCUAUUCAUUCAAUUCGUCGUUAAAUUUUAAUUUUCUGUCUUGAUAGCUACUUUUCUCAUUCUUCUAUUUUUCUCAUUGCUGCAGCAACAUAAUGUUGUAUCUGAAUUAAAUUCGAAUCAACCAACAGUUCUUGUAAAAAAAUUUUGAAGUGCGAUAGCAGAAAAGGAUUAAAUUAAACUCACAGUGGCCAACACAAUACUCCCUUAUCAAAAGUAAAUUUUUUAUUCAUGAAAAUAAUUCCUACAGUUUUAGAUUUUGAAUGUACUUUUAGCACCGCUCAAAGUCAUCACAUUAUCAUUAUCAAACCCAUAUUUUCACAUUUCUUGUACCAUAAUUUUUAAAAUAGCCGAGUACAAUACUUUGUGCAGUUUUGUAAAAACAAAAUUGUGAAUUUGUAGCUGAACAAACUUUAAUUUAGAGAAUAAGCAUAUCAUCAAAGCAACUAGUGUAUGCUUCAAAAAAUAGAAACAGGUAAUUGUUUCAAGAGGGAGGCUAUUUUAAUACAAAAAUUGUAGCCUAGUCCGACUUUCUUGGGCAUACAUUAUUUGUUUUAAAUUUUCGAAAAGUUCAUUUUAAAUGUCGAUUUUUAUAGUUGACAGAGAAACUUAAAAACUCAAUGUGUCCCUUCGAGCAGCCAUUGGCGUCCGUGCUUGCGCCGUUAGGGGGCCCGCGCGCUGCGCCAGGCGAGUGUGCAUCUAGUCAUUAGCCAGAUAGUAGUGUCGGGCCGUAAUCGCCGCCGCUGGUGACGUCCACGAUCCGGUGUCGAUGGUGCCUUAGCGAAAACAAGCGACGAUCGAGGGGGGCGCCGUCGCGUUUCUCAACAACGAACCCGGAAACGAAUUUUAUUUACUCGAAAAAUUCAAAAAAAGAGAACAAAACACUUCGUCCAAUUUCGUCUUUCCGAUGCGACGACUCACCAGUGGCGCGCCGCGUCAGCUUCAGUCAGUAGCGUAGAGAGCACCGUAGCGUGUGAGAGCAAGUUAAGCGUAUAUAGGGGUUAUUUAUUUGACAUAUAUACAUAUAGUUUAUUAAAAUAUUCGCUGGCAAUAAUUCGGGGGGAGACGCGAGCCGCGACAUCCUCGAAAACCAAAGCAAUAAAACACCGCGUGGCCGAGUUAUUGGGGUUGUAGGCACGGUUGGGCAGAGGGAAAUUUUAGAAGGAACGCUUUCCAAUAAAAUACGAUACAUUUAUAAUAUUUUUACAAAAAAGUCGAAAUAGUCGAGUUUUUCAAAAUUGUCGAUACCAAGAGGUAGGCAAGCUAUAAAAGUUAUACAAACGAAAUGUGCACCGGGAAAUUCUUGUCAGAUAGACAAGACUUUUUAAUUCGAUAAUAGAAUUUUGUAUUGAAGUUUUCUGGGUGCACGUUUUAGUUGUGCAAAUUUUACGCGGCCCCCCAAAAGGUAUUGCCAAAGAAGCAAAACACAUAUUCUAAGGAAAAAAGAACAUCAGUUUCUGUUUCAAAUAAGAGAGCAACAAGCGGUCGACAUCUUGCCUAAAAAUUGUUUCUGACAACUCGUGUGGGCUUGAGGGCAGCGGGGCUCAGUAUCGGCCCCCGGAAGCCGGGUAUUCAAAAGCAAUAAGCACAGUAGUCGGGUCGAGGGCGGCCUGGAACCAUAGCAAUAUUUAGAUAACGAAUACUUAAGUAAACUAGACUUAAGAUCUAGACAUCGAAUGAGCCGACGGCGACGCCGCCACAGCGUCACGUGGUCAAUUAUGGAAGAGUGGCGGGUGGCGGCGUUGCCGUUUAGUUUAGCUGCCUGCCUAUCUAUAUAUAAAUAUAUAGCAAUAUAGUGUCAGCAAUAGUUUACAAUUAUACUAUUAACGAAUAUAAUCAAAGCAAUACCAUAUAUUGUAUUAUUUACUUAGUCAUAGGUAGAGAGGUUUAGACGACUUAAGUAAAGAAUCAACCUGUACUAAAAAUAGCCCUCUAGCGUGGUAGUGUCACGCGCGAGUAGCAGCAAUGCCAAAGAUGUGGAGAUGUUGUCAUGACGUUUAGUAUAUAUUUAGUGUAAAGUUUAAUGUUCUGCGGAUGGUUGGAGAGUUUUACACUUUGGCUAAGCGCAGAGCUUGCAGAACCUGUACACUUGCAGUCCAGUACUUGACCACAUUAUUAUUAUAUUUGAUUAUGAUUAUUAUUAUUAUUAUUACUGUAACACUACAUAGUAAGUUUUGUAUUAUAUUUUCAUAAUAAAUAGUCUAGAAAAUUAAGAA